AUGAAAGAUCUUCGACAUUUAAGUUAUUUCUUGGGACUUGAAAUAGCUUCCGACAAAUCUGGUUAUUAUUUAUCACAAGCUAAGUAUGCAACUGAUCUUAUAUCUCGGGCUAGUAUUACUGAAACAAAAGUUGUUAACACACCCUUUGACUCCACAGAACAUUUGACUAAUACUAAUGGUGAUCCAACUGAUCGUCGAUCCACUACUGGCUAUUCUUUCUUUCUUGGAACAUCUCUCAUUUCAAGGAGAAGUAAGAAACAAACUGUUGUUUCUCGUUCUAGUACAGAAUUUGAAUAUCGUGCUCUUGCAGAUACUACCUCUAAUCUUCUCUGGCUACAAUGGGUACUUCAAGACAUGGAUGUUCCUUCAUCCGCGGCUAUUCCACUUUUCUAUGAUAAUAAUAGUGUAAUGCAAAUUGCUCAUAAUGAUGUAUUUCACGAACGAACCAAACAUAUAGAAAGAGAUUGUCAUCUGACAUGA